AUGAACGAUCCUCGCCCCUACCAUAUCUUGAGCUACGGCACCCUUCUCGGGACUCAGUUCUACCAGUCUUUUGUCGGAGGAUUUGUUGCAUUCCGCGCCCUCCCGCGGCCCCAGUUUGCUAGCUUGCAGACUGCCAUCUUCCCUAUCUACUUCUCAUUGCAGACUGCGCUGCCAGUGGUGGUCGCCUUGACCGCUUCCCGCGGUGGCCAAGCACUGGGAAUUUCGGGUCUUGUCGCACCCGAGAACCGCCUCAACACCCUCCUGCCCAUGGCAACCGUGGCAGUGACCGGGUUGGUGAACAUGUUUAUUCUGCGCCCCAUCACCGUCAAUGUGAUGCGCGAGCGCAAGCACCAAGAAACCCGUGAUGGCAAGAGGAGCUAUGACCCAGCACCACACUCCAAGGAGAUGCUGGCCUUAAACAAGAAGUUUGGUCGGGUGCAUGGAAUCUCGAGCUUAGUCAACCUGCUCAGCUUGGUUGCGACUGUCUGGUACGGUGCUGUGUUAAGCAAGAGACUCGAGUAA